GAGAGCGGCUGAAUGAGUGAGCUCUGUGGCGUUCACGAAGCGUUCGCCCGUCGCGUUAAUUGUGCCUCCCGUUAAUUAGUCAAGGGGGGGAGGGGUGGCUAGGAGGACUUUUGCCAGGCCCCUGCUGCGGCCCUUCUUGGAAAGAAGAGCGGGCAUUCUUAAACGCUGCCGAGAUUUCGGUCGGCAGCACAGCAGCGGCAGCAGCAGCUCAGGUGCAGCGAAGUUUAAAACGCUGCAAGAAAAUUGCGUCUCGCAUCUGCUCGGAUUUACCAGGAGCAGCAGCAGGAGCAGCACGAGGUUGUGCGUCGGAGGGUUUUGGUGGACAACUGCGACCCCUGAGUUGUUGUUGUUGCGGCUUGAACCAUGGGUCUCGGCGACGUCAAAUGUCUCUCCGUGAAGCUGGAUGCCCCCGACGGCGGCGGCAGCAGCGGCGGCCGCGGCGGCGGCGGCGUCUUCGUGUGCGGCCAGGAGGUGCGAGGCCGCGUGCUGCUGCGGCUGCGGCGCGGGGCGCGGCUCGGCUCGCUCCGCCUUCGCGCCCGGGGCCUCGCCCGGGUCCGCUGGGCCGAGCCCGAGCUGCUGGGCCGGAGGGCCCCGGCUGCCCUGGGCCUCUCCUGCCGCGAGGAGGCCACGUACCUGGACGUGCAGCAGACGCUACUCGCUCCCCCGGCUGGCGGAAGUGAGGAUCACGUGACGCUCCCUGCCGGGCUGCACGAGUUCCCGUUCUGCUUCGUGCUGCCGGACGGACCGCUGGCCACGUCGUUUGAGGGCCGCCACGGCUGGGUCCGCUACUGGGUGGAGGCCGCACUGGAGCGCGACUGGGGCCGGACGCAGCGCACAUGCCAUCGCUUCAGCGUCGUGGAGCACGUGGACAUCAACACGCCCAGCCUGCAGGAGUCGGCCGCCGGCGCUCGCGAGAAGAACGUCGGCUUCGCCAUGUUCGGCUCGAGCCUCAUCGCGCUCAGCGUGAAGAUCGACCGGCGCGGCUACUGCCCGGGCGAGGCCAUCGCCAUCCACGCCGAGGUGGAGAACUGCUCGUCGCGCCUCGUCGUGCCCAAGGCGGCGCUUUGCCAGCGCCAGGUGUUCUUGGCGGGCGGGCGCACGCGCUCGCACGUGCGCGCCGUGGCGGAGGUGCGCGGCGAGAGCGUGCCCUCGGGCCGCACCGACUCGUGGGACGGCCGCUUGCUCAAGGUGCCGCGCCUGCCGCCCUCCGUGCUGUCCUGCGCCCUCAUCCGUGUCGAGUACUGCCUACAGGUCUACGUGGACAUCCCCGGCUCGUCAAACCUGCAGCUGGAGCUGCCGCUGGUGCUGGGCACGAUCCCGCUGCAAGCCCUGGGCUCCCGCACGUCCAGCGUGUCAAGCCAGCGCAGCGUCACGGGGGCACCAGCGUGGAGCGAGCUGCCCGAGGCGCCUGAAGCUCCCCCAUGCUACACGGACGUGGUGUCGGAGGAGAGGUUCCGCAGUCUGUGCGUCCCCACCGAGGAGGCCUUUGCAGGGCCCCGUUCGGCCUACCUCUACAUGCAGCAGUUCAUGCUGCAGCCUCCGCCCCUCUACUCCGAGGUUGACCCCCAUCCUCUGCAGAGGCUGCCCGUGCAGGUGAGCACGUGAGGCCUCCCCGCGCACCAUCGGGGUGCGGUGGACGGACAGCGAGCACGACAGAGGGAAAGGGGGGAGCCGUGUCUGUGAAUCACGGGGCAUCCAAGCCGGUCCAGCACACGCAUUCGCAAGUGGCGGUGCAAACUCCGGACUCUUGACGAUGGAGCUGAUGAACAUAUUAAUGGUUGGGACGGUGACAACGAUGACGAUGCUGAGGACUGUAAUAGUCAGAAGAUGGGGAUUGAUGUCAUGAUGACGCAGUGAUGAAGAUGUGGGCCGAUAAUGAUGAUGAUGGUGGUGGUGGUCAUGAAGAGAAAGUGACGAUGGUGAUGAAGGUGGUGAUUGCGAUGAGGACAGCGGUGAUGAAGGAGAUGGUGACGCCUCGGAAGAUGGCGACAGCAUUGGUUGUGGCGACGGUGACCGUUGCGUAGACUGCGAUGGAGGGAGGGAUAGUGGCUGUGACAAGUGUUGCCAGUAGCGAUGUUUGAGAGGCUGUACCACGUUGCGCGUGUGCGGUGUACGGCUGUCCCUGCGACGCAGGCGCCGGGACUUGCGCGCCGUCCGGCUGCUGCAGCCGAGCGUGGCGGCGUGCACUUUACGUUUUCAUUUUUCUGAACAAAAAUGCUCAUUUUUGCUUUUGCCAAAGCCUUUACCUGGCACUUACCCAGCUGCAUGGGAAACACUAACGGCAUUUGCCAUCAUGAUGAAAUUCGUGUGGCCUUAUUUUUGUAUAUGCACUUCAAGCACAAAUGGUUAAAGUUGAAUGGCGGCCGCUGGCUGCCAUUUACCGAGUGCCAUCGGUUCCCUGGUGAUGAGGGAUCCUCAUAAGGGACGGGACUGGGUGGCCACGUGCGUGGACGUGUUGCACGUUUAAGUUAUUUUGUAUUCUCGGCUUCAACACCAAAACUGGGAGCCCCGGCUGGCACAAGACGGUGCCGCCGGUUCCCAUUGAGCCAUGCGCGCGCAAGGGUCGUUAUUAAGUCUCGCCAACGAUGACCUCGCCAACGAUGACCUUGCGAUGGUGGUGGAGGACGAGUUGUCCCUCCACCCCUGCUGCGGGUGAGGGUUGUCAACCCUGGCGAAAGUGACAUUCUGCCAUGAAACCCGGUCACACCUCUUGGGCAGAGGGACUACUUCCCCGGGGUUUUUGUAACCAAACGAGCCAAAAUGCGGCCUACGCCACGAAACGAAACGGCGCCGGCCUGACUGUUUAAAAAGUUUACAAGGAAAGUUCUCCUGCUGUAACUGCAGCUGCUGCCCUGGGUGGAAUAUUCCAGCUGUGGACAGGUGCUGGAACGGCCGAGCGGCGGUCCAAGUGCCUCGGUUGAAGCGGUUUCCCCGAGCCUUGGUUGGUUUGGGGAAUGGGCAGCUAUCAUGCCGGAUUGAUGGAGCCAUCGUGAGUUUUUUUUUGCCAAAAGAAUCUGGUGACGUGGGCAUUUUUGUCCCGCGUCGUCAACCGAGCCAAAUCUUGCGUUGGAUCUGCGGAGCUGGAAUGGCACUUCCAGGGUUAUUGUUUUGUUUUUCUUAACACAGCCAUGAUGCCUGGGCUGCUUGCCCUUGGCUGGCAGUGCCCAGGCAGCCCUUACAGUGUUAUAUUCAGAUGUGCGUUUUGACCGCUGGAUGUGAAAGGUCCGACCCUGUGGGUUUAGUAAUAAAAUCACUGUUUUGUAGA